AUGGGAAUAGGUUCUCUUUUCAUACCUAGUCUUCCUAAAGAACUAUCACCCGUUCACCCUCCCUUGGGAAUCCAUCCGAAUUACGCAGUAAACAAACCCACUACGCUCGUCUUGAGAGAGAAGAUCUUUUCUUUCACAGGUGAUGAUUUUGCCAUCAAGGAUAUACAUGGACAACCGGUGAUCAAGUGUAAAGGCAAGUUCUUGAGUCUGAGAGAUCGAAAGAUCAUAAGCGAUCUCAACGGAAAUGUCCUUUUUCAGAUCCGAGAUAAAGCUUGGACUAUACAUACCAUCUACAUUGGUGAAGAUCCCCAGGGUGAGGAGAUAUUCAGAGUGAGAAAAAGGUUCUCUUUUGGAACAAUGAUGGAAACCACUUUCCUAGAUUCCACCACAAACACCCAGAUAACUCUCACCAUGCAAGGUGACAUGUGGGGUGGAUCGGCGGAUAUCAUGUUAGGUCCAACCGUCAUAGCUCAGAUCAAUAGAAGUUUAUUCAAUAUGCGUCAGAUAUUUGGUGAUCAACAAACUUAUUACGUUUCUGUGGCACCUGGAGUGGAUUUAACUUUGAUAGCUGCCAUGUGUAUAUGUUUCGAUGAGACGAAGAAUGACCGUCGGCGACGUUAA